CCCUACGCGGGGCUGGUGAGCCACCUGCGGGCAGUCUGGCUCUCGGGGAGGACGCGGCCCAUGGAGUACCGCGUGGCCCAGCUGGAGGCCCUGGGACGCUUCUUGGACGAGAAGAAGCAGGAAAUCCUGGAGGCCACCGCCUUGGACAUGGGCAAGCCGUCCUUUGAGGCUCACUUCACCGAGAUCCUCCUCUGCAAGAACCACCUCAACAACACCCUGAACAACCUGUCCCACUGGAUGAAGGACGAGUAUGUGGACAAGAAUCUGGUGACGCAGCUGGACUCGGCCUUCUCAUCCGCAAUCCCCUACGGGGUGGUGCUCAUCAUCGCACCCUGGAACUACCCCAUCCACCUCCUCCUGGUGCCCCUCAUCGGGGCCAUCGCUGCCGGUAACUGCGUCAUUAUCAAACCCUCGGAGAUAACCAAGAACACCGAGAGACUUGUUGCCGAAACGCUGACCUGCUACCUGGACAAUGACUGCUUUGCCGUGGUGACCGCCGGUGUGCAGGAGACCACCAGACUGCUGGAGAACAAGUUUGACUACAUCUUCUGCACUGGCAGCCCCUCCGUCGGGAGGAUCGUGAUGGCAGCGGCUGCCAAGCACCUGACUCCCCUGACGCUGGAGCUGGGGGGCAAGAACCCCUGCUACGUGUCCGACACCUGCGACGUGCAGAACGCGGCCCGGCGGGUGGCCUGGGGCCGCUUCUUCAACGCGGGGCAGACCUGCGUGGCCCCCGACUACGUGCUGUGCAGCGUGGAGAUGCAGGACAAGCUGAUGCCCGCCCUGCGCGAGGCCAUCACUGAGUUUUUUGGCUCCAACCCCCAGGAAUCCCCCGACUUCGGCCGCAUCGUGGGGGACAAGCAGUUCCGCCGUAUCCGGGCGCUGCUGUGCAGCGGGCGCGUGGCCAUCGGAGGACAGACAGACGAGAAGGAGCGCUACAUCGCUCCCACGGUGCUGGCGGACGUGCUGCCCUCUGAUCCUGUCAUGCAGGAGGAGAUCUUCGGGCCCAUCCUGCCCAUCGUUGUUGUGGCCAACAUGGACGAAGCCAUUGACUUUAUCAAUGCGCGGCCGCGGCCGUUGGCCAUCUACGCCUUCUCCUGUGACAGCAAGGUGGUGAACCAGGUCCUGGAGCGGACGAGCAGCGGUGGCUUCUGCGGCAACGACACCUUGAUGCACACAACGUUGACCUCGCUGCCCUUCGGUGGGAUCGGAAACAGCGGCUUGGGGAAAUACCACGGCAGGUUCACCUUCGACACCUUCACCCACCACCGCGGCUGCCUGCACCGCAACAUGGGCCUGGAGACCCUCAACGCCCUGCGCUACCCGCCCUACAGCCAGCAGAAGCUGGGGCUGUUGACAGCCACCUUCGAGAUCAAGCGCAAGGGCAUGUGCACCCUGCUCUGA